UUUUCAUGGGUGAAUCUCUCCAGGAAUCUAAUGUUAGCAUACCAGAGCUUUGGUGUUGUAUAUGGUGACUUGAGCACUUCACCUCUUUAUGUUUAUAAAAGCACAUUCGUAGGGAAGUUGCAGAAAUAUCAGAAUGAUGAUGCAAUAUUUGGUGUAUUAUUGUUGAUAUGUUGGACCGUAAUGUUAAUUCCUUUGCUCAAAUAUGUGUUCAUCGUUUUGACUGCCGAUGAUAAUGGCGAAGGUGGUACAUUUGCUCUUUACUCGCUGCUUUGUAGGUAUGUAAAGCUUAGUUUACUUCCCAAUCAACAAGCAGCUGAUGAGGAGUUGUCUGCUUAUAGAUAUGGUCCUUCAAGACAGGGUUCAUCAUCUUUACCACUGAAGAGAUUUCUUGAAAAGAAUAAAAAAUUGCAGACAACCCUACUUAUUGUGGUGUUAUUGGGGGCUUGCAUGGUCAUAGGUGAUGAUGUGAUUACUCCCGCAAUUUCAG